AUCCGUGUUUUAGAAAUUUUUCAUUUUUCUUCGGUCGAAAUUAAUUUUGUGAUAUAAAGCCUAGGACUUCACUCGUUCUCCUAUAAAACACAUUUUUUAUCUUAUCUAAUCGGUUAACCAUUGUGAAAAACUGGUUGAGUUGAACUGAAAUAAGUAAAAUGGCAAGAUAUUUCAAAGAACAAGAUAUUGAUGAAUUUAGGGAAUGUUUCUAUUUGUUUGCUCGAUCUGGACAUAUAAAAUCUCUAGAUGAGUUGACAGUUAUAAUGAGGAGUUUGGGAUUAGCCCCGACUAUUUCAGAAUUAGCUGGUUAUCUUAAACAGAAGGGUGGAAAAAUGAGUUUUGCCGAUUUCCUUGAAGUUAUGCAUAUCCAUUCAAGGGUAGAAAAUUUGCCAAAGGAAAUAGUGGAUGCCUUCAAAGCAGGUGAUAGUUCAGGUAAAGGCUUGAUAUCAGCAAAGCAGCUACGUCAUAUGCUCCAAAAUUGGGGAGAGUGUUUGUCAUCAAAAGAAGUUGAUAGGAUCUUCAGGGAGGCCAACAUCACAAAUAAUAGUAUGGUUAAAUAUGAAGAGUUUGUUAAAAUAGCAUGUGCUCCUAUUCCAGAUUAUUAUUGAGUACAUUUCUGAUUUUUUCACAUUAUAGCACAUGAUCAGGGAUUUUUGGUGGCGUUUACAAGUUUUAGAUGGUAUAUUAAUUGUUAGAUACUUUUUAUUUAUAUAUCUGUGUUUUGACAUGAAUUGUCCUAUUUAUAUGCAUUUUACACAUUUACCUAAUAAAUAUUUUAAAAUUU